AGGUCUGCAGCAGACGAUAAGACAGGCAGGCAGACAACAGAAUGGUAAUCUGCUUGAGGCCGGGCGGCGACCCCGGAAAUGAACGUUUGGCUGCGACUGACGUAUGGGCUCGCUGUGCUGUCCUCAUGUGACUUGAUUCCGGCAGUCUGGAUGAUGCUAUGCUUAUGUCACUCCAGCCAAAAAGAAAAGAAAAAGUUGACUUGACACACUCCAGAGUUUGGCCAAUCAGAAGCAUGACCGUCCACUUCUUUUAUGAUGAUCCCCUUCCCGUGUCUUCAAUUUCCCCUUUUCUAAUCUAAUGUCAUGUUUCCCUUCCACUCAUCUGCUCCACCUUAUUUUAAAUCACUAAGCAAAGAAGAAACAAGCCAUCGCACAAGCUCCGCCUCCACCGAGCUUUGACUCGCUUGUGCUGUGUGACAGCGGGAAAGGCUGGGCUCUCCCUAGCAUUAUCUAAACACACACAUAAGCGCGCAGCCACGAAGCAAACGCCUCCGAAAGCUCUUUUUUCUUUUGCUAGAGAUCAGCGAGAGCGAACAGCUGCUGAGGACAGACGAGAGAAGGAGGAGGAGGAGGAAGAAGAAAAGCAACCUCUUGAACUUCUUUCGGUCCAGUUCAGUCAGUCUUCAGGGAGAGAGCGUUCUCUUGGAGUUUCUUUAUAUUAGUAUUAUUUUAUUCCCCCCCCCCCCCCCCCCCACCUAUGAGAGAGAAGAGGGAACUGGAGUUCAUGCAAGUGAAUGGGUUGCCAUGGUUACACACCCAGGGAGCCUGACCCGCUCAGAAUGAAUGGAAGGAGAGCCAAGUGAAACGAUAAACUAGGCAAAGGGAGUCACCGGAGAAAGAGAGAGUGACGGAGAGACGAGAGGAGAAGCGGCGGAUAGCAGAGGAAGUGGAGCAGCGUGUGAGAAUGGAGGACGGCUUUUCCAGCUACAGCAGCUUGUAUGACACCUCGUCGCUGCUGCAGUUCUGCAAUGAUGACAGCGCGUCAGCAUCCAGCAGCAUGGAGGUCACAGACCGCAUCGCCUCCCUGGAGCAGAGGGUCCAGAUGCAGGAGGACGAGAUCCAGCUGCUCAAAUCCGCUCUGGCCGACGUGGUCCGUCGGCUCAACGCGUCUGAGGAGCAGCAAGCCAUGAGCUCACGACGAGGGCCAACCAAAGCCCGGCCAAUGAUCGCCACCCUGCCGUUAAGACCUUCAGUGAACAACGGGACCAUCCUACCAAAGAAAGGCGGUGGCACUCUGCCAUCCCCGUCUGGAUCUGGAUCCAGGAAGGACACCGGCACAGCAUCCACCAGGAGCACGGUGAGGAGAGCCAAUUCCAACGAGCAUGUCGGGUCUCUCACGCGGAGGGACUCGGGCGACGCCAAGGGCAACCGAACUCGCGCCGGGUCGACGGGAAGCAAUUCCAGUGGCAAGAGAAGUGACAGCAAGCAGAGGGACCCGGUGUUCAAUGCAGGGAUGCGACGUGUGACACACUGCAAAGAGGAAGGUUAUGUGAAAAUGUAUUUGAAAGGCCGUCCCAUCACCAUGUUCAUGCCCAAAGACCAAGUGGACGGCUACUGUUUGGAAGCCAGAGCCGACCUUCCGGCGAACAAACUCAAACUGGACUGGGUAUACGGUUACCGCGGUCGAGACUGCCGUUCUAAUCUUUACUUGUUGCCCACCGGAGAAACGGUGUACUUCAUUGCUUCUGUGGUUGUCCUCUUCAACGUGGAUGAGCAGUUGCAGAGACACUACACUGGACACACGGACGACAUUAAAUGCUUGGCAGUCCACCCUGAUAAAAUCACCAUAGCAACCGGGCAGGUUGCCGGCACCUCUUUGGAGGGUAAAUUGGCUCCACAUAUUCGCGUGUGGGACUCUGUCAGCCUCAACACGCUUCAUGUUCUGGGAGCGGCUUACUUUGAGCGAGCGCUUGUCUGCUUGGCUUUCUCUAAGUCGAAUGGAGGAAACACGCUUUGUGUUGUUGACGACUCGAAUGAUCACGUGCUGUCUGUUUGGGACUGGCAGCGAGAAGACAGACUGGCUGAGGUCAAGACGUCCAACGACACAGUCUUUGCUGCAGACUUUCACCCGACUGACAGCAACAUCCUGGUGACCUGUGGCAAGUCACACCUCCAUUUUUGGAACUUGGAAAAAGGCAUGCUGGUCAAGAAGCAAGGACUUUUCGAGAAACAUGAGAAGCCCAAAUUCCUUUUAUGCGUGACCUUUGCAGAAAAUGGAGAUACCAUCACUGGCGACUCAAGUGGAAACAUAUUGGUGUGGGGAAAAGGCACUAAUCGCAUCAGUCACGUCAUCCACGGAGCUCACGAAGGCAGCAUCUUUGCCCUGUGCAUGCUGAGGAAUGGCACGCUGUUGUCCGGAGGCAAAGACUCCCGCCUCAUCUCUUGGGAUAGCGGCUACCAGCAGAUCCAAACAGUGGAGGUGCCAGAUUUGUUUGGGCCCAUCCGAACUGUAGCAGAGGGCAGAGGUGAGACUGUUCUCAUCGGAACCACAAAGAACUUUGUUUUGCAAGGCAGCUUGGAUGGAGAGUUUGUGCCCAUUACUCAGGGUCACACAGAUGAGUUGUGGGGUCUGGCUGUGCACCCCUGUAGGCCCCACUUUCUCACGUGUGGUUAUGAUAGACAAGUGUGUAUGUGGGAUUCCAGUUCACAUCAACUCGUCUGGAGUAAAAACAUGGAAGACACUGCCCAAUCUGCAGACUUCCACCCGUCUGGAUCUGUUGUUGCUAUAGGAACCCAGAUUGGCAGGUGGCUGGUACUGGACACUGACUCAAAGGAUUUGGUCACAGUGCACACAGAUGGAAAUGAACAACUUUCUGUUAUGAGCUUUGGCCCAGACGGCAAUUUCCUGGCCAUCGGCUCUCAUGACAGCUACAUCUAUAUCUAUGCCGUGGCAGAAAAUGGCAGGAAGUACAGCAGAGUGGGCAAGUGCUCAGGUCAUUCUAGUUUCAUCACCCAUCUGGACUGGUCAGUGGAUUCCCAGUACUUGGUGUCUAACUCAGGAGACUAUGAGAUACUAUACUGGAUCCCAUCCGUGUGCAAGCAGGUGGUCAGCAUGGAGACCAUCAGAGAUAUUGAAUGGGCCACACACACCUGCACUCUCGGCUUUCAGGUUUUUGGCAUGUGGUCCGAUGGCUCGGACGGCACCGACAUCAAUGCUGGAAGCAGAUCCAAUGAUAAGAGCCUUCUUGCUACUGGUGACGACUUUGGGAAGGUCCACCUCUUCUCCUUCCCCUGUUCUCAGUUCAGGGCUCCCAGCCAUGUUUACGGUGGCCACAGCAGCCACGUGACCAACGUGACGUUCCUGUAUAAUGACAACUGCCUGGUGUCCACCGGAGGGAAGGACAUGAGUGUGAUGCAAUGGAGGAUAGUCUGAGCGAUAAGACUCGGAGCAUGGAUUUCCCUGUGACGGUGCUCACUCCAAACGGAAGCAAAACCCGACUGCACUACGAAGGAACCGAGUGAAAUGCCUAAUUACGUGGAUCUUGACUGAGGUGAAUCUACAUAGGGUUUUCUUUGCGGGUCUGCUUUCACUUCCUUGGUGAGAUGAGCUGGUGAAGUGUGAUGUGUUGCUUCGUGUUUUCUCUCUAUUUUUAUUUUCAUUCAAUCGCACUACAUGUAAAAUCCCUCCAAUUUAUGAAGUCCAGUGUUCCCAUCCUCAAUUGAGCCAUGGCACAUACAGUACGCAGCAGAUCUGAUCACCUCGUACAGCACACUGGUUCAAAAUCACCGCUGAGAUGAAAAAUCCAAAUUUUAAAAAAAGAACCAAAGGCUCCGAGUUAUGACACUAUUUGUGCAAUUGCGCACCCUCUUAAAAUAGCUUAUGGACUGACCUUACAUUAAUCAAGCCAAAUCAAAGAGGAGGAUUAGAUGGAAAACUACAUGAAACGUUUUUUUUUAGUUAAUUUUCUGUUGUAUUAAACCACUCAGGAAACUCAACCCUUCCCGUGACAGCAACACAAACAUUGGAUUCAACUAAAUAUCUUUUUACUAUCUGGGGGAAUUCUUAAUGAGCAAACAAAUAUUGCUAUGAGCUUUUUGGGUUAAAUGUCUUUGGACUUUUUAAAACAGCUCUUCUGGGAUUAUGUAUUUACUUUGAGAAUUGCAUGGCGGACUGGAUAAAACACUCUUGCAGGGCUUUAGGUUCCCCACCCCUGACCCUAAAGCCAUCUUGCCAAAUUGCACUUGAUUUAUUUAUAUGCAUUUACACAUCAGAUUUUUCAACUUAAAGGACAUUACCACUACAAAAAAAACACUAACUAGUGAGUUAGUAUUUUUGCUUUCAAAUGUCCUGAAAAAGACAUUUAAAUUGAACUGUUUAUUACCAACAGAACUACUUUUUUGUUUUUUACAUAGAGCCUAAUUUGGGGAGUAAACGGUGAUUUUUUCUUUCAUGAGGGUGGGGGGGAGUGAAAAUGCCACCUGCAAGGGUAAUCCACAACAUGGUUGUUUUUUUUGGAAGCAUGAGACCGUAUCACUGUAACUGCUUAACGUGCUCCUCCACAGUGCACACUCAGUCAAGGCAACAUAUGAAUUCAACGUGAUUUUCUUUUAAAUUCCCACAAUGGAAGAAAUGACACAUUCAGUCUAAGAAAUUCAUUAAGCUUUCCAAGAACUACCAGUAGUUUUUUUUUCAACCCUUUGAUCUGUGAAUCAUCUAUUGUACAGGUACAUUUCACACUCAAAAUGUUCCUUGGAAAUUGGGUCAAAAAAUUUUUCUUUUAAAAAAUCGGCUUGAUGAUGAGGCUAGCGCUGUGAACUGGAAUUUGUCUUCCUAUGAUGCACCCGGAUCCGCAAUUACCACUGAACGUUUAACAUUUGUCUGACAGAUAAAACCAAAUAAACCUCCUAGGAUUCUGUGCAAACUAAA